AGGGAGAAGCAGGCUCCAAUGCAGGGUCCUAGGUCUUCAGGAUCUGGCCCUGGGCUAAAGGCAGCGUUAAACUGCUGAGCCACCCAGGCGGCCCCGAUGGAGAUUUUUUUAAAAAGUUAUUUUUACAUCCUUUGAUUUGAGUGAAAAAUGUAUCUAGAACUCUUUAAUAAGAUAUAGGUAACAGUCAAAAGGGGGUUAUUAGAGAAUGAUUAUUGUCUUAUUAGAGAAUGUUUAUUGUGAGGGGAACAAAGGCAAGAGGAACCAUGGACUGAAAGUAAGAUCAAUUGUAAAUCACUCUCAAUUUGGUGAAUAACAGUAUAGCACUUAUGUACACACUUCAGGGAUAGAAAACUUCCGUGUCAACAGUGAAUGUUCAUAAAUGUCAAAUAUGCAGUUCUGGGAUCCUAUACACGGAGAACAGACAUUUUCUGCUGGUGUAGACUUAAGGAAAUAACAAAGGACUGGAAUUAUUUGAAUAGAACUAAAUGCAAUCUAAGAUAUUGGAGCUUAAUCAUCGUGAGUAAAAUGUCAACUUUCAUCAAGAGUCCCUUUGAUUUUCCAAAGAAAGUAUCUUGGAAUUUGCCCUUUGACAAAACAAAUUCUGGCAUUAAGAGAUAUACUGUCCCUUUUAUUAUGAUAAUCUGAUAAUUGCUCCUUGACAAAACAAAUUUUAGCAUUGAGAUAUAUUGUCCUUUAUACUAUGAUAAUGUAAUAGUAUCAUGUUAUGGUUAGUUGUAUUUCAUACUGCCCUCUCUCUCCACUCCAAACAAGGUUUAUAAUAUGUAGAACCUAUUUAAUAUUUAAAUUAAGAACAAGAAGUACACUUAAAGUAUAAGUUAACGUUAAUUUUGUGAUGUUCCAUUAAAUUGUAGUGCAACAAGCUGCCCCUAAUUACAGUGCUCUUCAAAUGGUCUUCUCAAAAUGGCUUGUAAUUUUGAGUUUUAUAAGGUGUCUUGUCAUGCAUAGUCUGGAUUUGUGAACACUCUGGUUAAAAAAGAUUCCAAAUUGUCAAAGAAUGUACUAGAAAAUACUACAAUGUAUGUAUUUUAUAGAAGCUUGUCUUCAUACAGUUAUAUGAAUAAGAGCCCCAAACUAUGAAUAUACUUAUGGAACACUAUUCCAAAUAAAAGAGCACUCUCUGAUAUUUAUAGAUCUUAUCAUUUUUUAGGACAAAAUAGUUCAUCACUUAGAUAACAUAAAUGGAUUAUUAGUGCCAGCAUAUAUUAUGUAAAUAUGAAAAAAAAAUACUAUCUUGGGGUUAUAAGCUUCUUGAGACACUUUCUUCUUAAAUUUCAAAUGAGAGUGCUACCUUUCUAAUCUUGUUUUCCUCUGUGACCCCUCGAAGAUCUACCUUCUUUGUUUCCCAUCAAACCUAGUAGGCCUAUCUUGAUUCCACACCUACAUUCAUGUUGUUUUUCCUGCCAGACCCUCGCUUUCUUGAAUCUCUCCAUUGUUCUUUAGGACCAAACUUCUUCAUAAGGCCUUCCAUUCCUGCUUUCAUUUCCCUCUGACUCCCAAACCAGCCACCUUUUUGGGACUCAAAGAUCCCAUGCCAUCUUACACCCCUCACUGGAUUAUAAGGUCUUCGUGGGCAAAGGCCAUGUCUUAUACUUCUUUUGACUUCCCCUGGUAUCUAGUGCAAUAUAAUUUAAUUUGUAAGUGACCAAAAACUUGUUGAAUAAAGAUAACUUUUAUAUACUGUAUUUUUGUAAAUAUUAGUAUAAGUGUGCUUAGUGGAAAUUUCAGUGAAUUUGAAGUUUUUACUUGAAAGAAUGGAAGAGAAGAGAUUUUUUUUUUUUACCAUAUUGGGAUCAUAAGAUACAAAGAAAGGAUAAUUAGAAAUUUCAGAAAAAAAGAUAUGGCAUAUCUAUAUUUCUUAUGUGGUCACGGAUUAUAUUCCUAAAUUUACCAUUUAGCCCAAAUGGAACAAAGUGGGGUAUAGAAAGUUAAAAUAAUCAACUUGAAAUUACUGCACACUCAAAUUUGUUUAUUCUGUUCCAAGGAAAAGAAACAAAUAGCAGCUAACUUAACCAGCUAAUUGGGUUUGCUCUUAGAGUGAAAUGAAAGGCUGGAGAAACCAAUUUUGGGUAUCCCCUAGGUAGCAAGGUAGUAGGAACUGCCAGAGAGUCUCUUCAAAAUGUACUACCUUUGGUAUCAAUAAAUAUCUAUUUUUUUUCCUUAUGGCAUUUUUCUUAAAAUUCAGAAUCCUGGGAGAGAGGUCCUGCUGCCCUUGUGUGGGUCAAGUACUACACUAUGGGUCAAGAUCAAGGAAUCUUGAUCAAUAGUCCUACCAACUGUCUACCCAUAGAGAUGACCCAAGUCCCCCAAGGGAAGCUGGAAACCAUUGCAAAAGGAGGAAAAAUAAAGAUAAGUCUAUUUGUGAAGUCACCUUGCAUAUAUAAUCUCAGAGAAAUAGCACCUAAGGAAUAAAGGAAACUAGGAGAAAGGUACUCAUUAUACUGACAGAAAACAAUAAAUCACAAAAUGGUAUUUUCCACCAUGUUUUGUUGAGACUACAUGUAUAUCAAAUGAUGAGACAAUUAAAGGUCAGAAGCUGUUAGCCAACUCUAUAAAAACUUGUCUUUCUAGUCAGAGUUGAUAUUAACGGGAGCUUUGUAUUUCAAAGGUUGUUCUCCCAAAUAUUUACUGUGAGAAGAAUUCUCUGGCUCUUGUCCUAUGUGUUGAAAUGUCACCCAAGGCAAGGCAAAGUAAAUCAAGGCCAAGGUAUUUUAUGUAUAAAGGCAUUACUGUCUACUCAGGUCUGCAGACUGGCAGGGGAGAUACUCCUCACCCAUUCACAACCCCCACCCUCCAGAAAAUACUGACUUUCUUCAUGAUUCUGGUGCUUUGCCUAUGUAAUUGUGUGCUUUUCUUGAAGUGCAAUAAUUUGAAGAUUUAAAUGAAGGACAGUCUCAUAUGCAUUUGUUCUUAUACAGCCUUUUAGUCUUUUUAGAUGUUUGGCCAUUCCUAUCAUAUAUUAUUUAGCUUAGGAAAUCAAGAUUAUAUUUUCUUUAAAAGGGAUUUUGAACAAGAAAAAUUACAAAGUACCAAAUUGUCAUUAGAAGGACCAGAAUUACAUUGCUUGCUUUUACAGCACAGUAAGUACUAGAGGGAGUUAAUUUCUGAUGAAGGGACAUAUCUAAUUAUUUCAAAGGAUUUAGACAUUUGGAAGUUUGCAGUAUUCUGUCUACUAACACAAUCUUUUGGUCUAAGAGACUGGCUUUUAGCUCUACAGUUUUAUGUACAAAUUGUAACAUCUUCCAGUUUUCAGUUAUGAAAUAAUGAAAGUUGAUUUAUACAAAGGCCUGUGGCAGGUGGUGAAGUGAUUUCUGCCUAGUGUUCUGAAUGUCCAAGUGAAGAAAUUCACUGAACCCCAGAUAUAUUGAUGGGUGUAACUGUAUUCUCUUAAGGUAACCAAAUGCUCCAUUAUCUAAUUAGGGAUGUGCAUGAAUGGAUGGACGAUGAUUUCCACUGUUGUUAGCUAUUGUCUGAUGAAAUCACAGCCAAGGGAAUGGCUUAUAAAAAUCUGUGGUCAAAGAAGACUCUGUCGAAACUAAUUGUAAACCUGACAUGGUGCAGAGACAUAGGAGUUAUGGAUUAAGUGGGAAGCCUUGUUGGAGGCAGGGAGAUCAAGGCUUGGGCCUCCAAAUCCAUUGCCAUGUAAACUGUUUUAGAACUUUGAAAGUAGUAUUUUCAAAUUCUUUUAAAAUAUCAUUUUGAUACCACAACUUAGUAAAAGUUAAAACCAAAAAAGACAAAUAUCACUUAUCAAUUUAAAUCCUUCCCUUUUCCCCCAAAGAGGCUGAGAUAAUCAAAAUAGUGCAUGAAGCAAGGAUGAUUUAAUGCAAUAAUUCAAGGAGGGUUCAAUAGUAGAAAAUACAGAUUUUAUUACAUUAAAAGUUAUAUGGAAAAAAUCUUAAUCAUCUUCUGCACCAGAAAUACAUUUGAUAGAAUAUAGUAAGCAUUCUUUAUAAGAAUACUCAAAAAUAGAGACAUAUAAAUGUUUUCUUAACUUUGUGAAAUAAAUUGAUCUAAGCCCCAGAGACAGAACCUUGGCAUUUGAUAGUGUUCCAACUAAGUUAGGAACCAAAGACAUAAACCUUACCUAUUAUUUAACAUUAUUCUUUAUACCCUGUUCGAUGCAAAGGCAAAAGAAGGAAAUAUGAAGUAUAAAAAUUCAAAAUAAAAAUGUAAAACUAUCACUGUUUGUAGAUGAUUGUGUAGCUUUAUUGUACUAUAUAUUGUAUAUACUCAAGAGAAUCAUCCAAAAAUCUACAGCAAACAAGAGAAUUUAGUAAGGUAGUGGGACACAAAAUUAACAUAUAGACAUCAAUAACUUUUACAUACACAAAGAAAUAACCCCAAUUAUAAUAUUAGCAAAAAGAAUAGAAUACUUAAAAAGAAAUGUUAGGGAAAAUUUUAACAUUAAGAACACAAUAGUAGACUUAAACAAAUGCAAAGGCACACUAUGUUCUUUGAUAGAAAGACUCAACAUCAUAAAAGGAUCAAAUUGCCUUCAAUCCACUUACAAAUUUAACUCAUGGAACAGUUAAAUUUGUAAUUAAACUAAUGUGGAAAUGGUGAGUGAAUAGAGAGAUCAAUGGACCAGAAUGGAAAAUUCAGAUAUACACCUAUGUAUAUAUACCCGAGAAUUAGAUAGGAAUUACAAAUGACUUUUCAUCUAUGAAAGGAACACAACAUUCAAGGAAUGCUGAAAAAUGCACUAUAAAUCUAUAAUCAAAUACUAUUUUACAGUUACCACGCCAGCAAAAACCCAAAAGUUUUAUGACACAUCCCAUAUUGCUGUGGAUAAUAUAAAUUGGUUUAAUCCCUUGAAGCCAAUUUCAUAAUGCUGGUUACAAUUACAGUGUACAUGCCUUUUGACUCAGCAGUUCUUCUUUUGGGUUUUACCUAACAGAUAUGCAUAUAUGGAGAAAGAUAUAUGUAUAUGUAAGGUUAUUCACUGCAGUGUUUUCAUUGUAAGUCACAGGGAGCUGGUUGAAUUAAGAGAAAGUCCUAUACUGAAACAUAGUGCAGCAUGAAGAAGAAAAUAAGGAAGGUUGCUGUGCAUUGAUGGUAAAGAUCUUCAGGAUAUUUGUCAAGUGAAAAAAAAGCAAGACAUAUACAAAUAUAUGUGUGUGUGUGUGUAUAUGUAUAUAUAUAUAAUGUAUGUACAUCAUACUAUUUUUCUGUGUAAAAAAUAGAGGAAAUCUAUAUUUGAGUUAGCAAUAUAUGCAUAAGCAAACUCUGGAAGAAUGUAAAGGAAACCAGAAGUAUUGUUUUCCUGAGGAGGAUAUGGGAGUUAGGUGGGAAAUAGAUAGGUGUGGGCUGUAUAGCUUUCAGCCUUCUUUUUCAUUUUUGAACUAGAUGAUAGCUAAUAAACUAGAUAAUAUAUUAUGAUAUAUAUAUAUUAUAUAUCAUAUAGCAAUAGCCAAACACCUAAAGAGACUAAAAGGCUGUGUAAUAUUUGCCUAUUCAGUAAAUAAACAAGUGUGUAGCCAUCUGGUGAGAUACUUUAUGCUUAUUAAGAAAAAAAGACUAAGGACGCUGUCUAUAUAUUGAUAGGGAAAAAUCUUGGGGAUGUUACGUGCAUGCGACAAGGUCUGGAAUAGAAUGUACAAUAUGCUACUUUUUGUUGAAAAAGAGGAAAAUCUAAGAACAUUUGCUUGGUUUUCCUUGUAUAUUCAUGAAGAAAAUCUGGAAGGAUACUCAAAUUGGUGGACAUUGUCAUAUGCUGCCAAUUCCUCUCCAGACUCCCUCUGUGAAUGAGAUAUUCCUUGCCCCAGCUGCUAAGAGUACUGCCGGCAGGGUGCCUUCAGUUGACAGCCCUAAGGGAAUGACUGACUCCUUUGAAGGGAGCCCCCUCACCUAAGGUCAUGCCCUCUUCCUGGAUGGCCUGAAUCUGGUGAAUGAUCAACAUGGGGAUAUGAUGGGUCAACUCUCCAUGCCUAACUCAGGGCAACUCUGAAGGGCCAUCUCAGCUUUAGAAGUUCCCUUUCUAGGGGCACCUGGAUGGCUCAGUGGUUGAGCGUCUGCCUUUUGGCUCAGGUCAUGAUUCUUGAGUCCUGGGAUCGAGUUCCGCAUUGAGCUCCCUGCAGGAGUCUGCUUCUCCCUCUGCCAUUGUCUCUGCCUCUCAAUCUGUGUCUCUCAUGAAUAAAUAAAUAAAAUCUUAAACAAAAGUUCUCUUUCUUGACACUACAUGUCAGCUUACCUUUUUCCUCUCCUGCCUGUUAUAAAAAACCUCCUUCUUACAAGAGUCUGCUUCCUGGGGAAGCCAACAUGUGACAAGAAACCAAACUUGGACCUAUAGAGGAAUACCUCACGAUCUUACCUUACGAUGGAAUUUAAAAAGUCACCUGAUGGUGGAUGGGGCUGGGUGAUUGUGCUUGUCUCCUUUUUCACUCAGUUUUUGUGUUAUGGAUCACCAUUGGCUGUUGGAGUCCUGUACAUAGAAUGGCUGGACACCUUUGGUGAAGGGAAAGGAAAAACAGCCUGGGUCGGAUCCCUUGCAAGUGGAGUUGGCUUGCUUGCAAGUCCUGUCUGCAGCCUCUGUGUCUCGUCUUUUGGAGCAAGACCUGUGACAAUCUUCAGUGGCUUCAUGGUAGCUGGAGGCUUGAUGUUGAGCAGUUUUGCUCCCAAUCUGUACUUUCUGUUUUUUUCCUAUGGCAUUGUUGUCGGACUCGGAUGUGGUUUACUAUACACGGCAACAGUGACCAUUACGUGCCAGUAUUUUGACAGCCACCGAGGCCUUGCCCUUGGCCUGAUUUCAACAGGUUCAAGUGUUGGACUUUUUAUAUAUGCUGCUCUGCAGAGGUUACUGAUUGAGUUCUAUGGGCUGGAUGGAUGCCUGCUGAUUGUGGGUGCCUUAGCUUUAAAUAUAUUAGCCUGUGGCAGCCUGAUGAGACCCCUCGAAUCUUCUAAUUGCCCUUUGCCUGAAAAAACAGCUCUGGAAAGUAUACCAGAUCAAUACUCCAUUUACAGUGAAAAAGAAAAGGACCUGGAGGAAAACACAAACAUUCUUGGAAAGAGCUACAGUGCCGAGGAAACAUGCAAGAGCAUCUUAGCCAGUGGUGGCCGGAAACAGGAGAGUCUGCUUCAUAAAAACCCAACAACAAUGGCACAUGCAAAAGAGGCUGAAACGUACAAAAAAAAAGUUGCAGAACAGACAUAUUUUUGCAAACAGCUUGCCAAGAGGAAGUGGCAAUUAUAUAAAAACUACUGUGGAGAAACUGUGGCUCUUUUUAAAAACAAAGUAUUUUCAGCGCUCUUCAUUGCAAUCUUUCUUUUUGACAUCGGAGGAUUCCCACCUUCGUUACUUAUGGAAGAUGUGGCAAGAAGUUCAAAUGUGAAAGAAGAAGAGCUUAUUAUGCCUCUUAUUUCCAUUAUUGGCAUUAUGACAGCAGUUGGUAAACUCCUUUUAGGAAUACUGGCUGACUUCAAGUGGAUUAAUACCUUAUAUCUUUAUGUAGCUACCUUAAUAAUCAUGGGCCUGGCCUUGUGUGCAAUUCCAUUUGCCAAAAGUUAUGUCACAUUGGCAAUACUUUCUGGGAUUCUAGGGUUUCUGACUGGUAAUUGGUCCAUCUUCCCAUAUGUGACCACAAAGACUGUGGGAAUUGAAAAAUUAGCCCAUGCUUAUGGGAUAUUAAUGUUCUUUGCUGGACUUGGAAAUAGCCUUGGACCACCAAUUGUUGGUUGGUUUUAUGACUGGGCCCAGACAUACGACACUGCGUUUUAUUUCAGUGGCUUCUGCGUCCUGCUGGGAGGCUUCAUCCUGUUGCUGGCCGCCUUGCCCUCCUGGGACACAUGCAACAAGCUGCUGCCUAAGCCAGCUCCAACAACCUUUCUGUACAAAGUUUCCUCUAAUGUUUAGAGGAAUAUUGGAAGGCACUACAGACUGUUUUCUCAUAGCAAAAUUUCACUGUGGCUGAUUCUGAAUGAAUUUUUUUUUAACAAAUCCUAUUCUCUAUGUACUGUAUAUAUGGCUUCUAUCUCCUGUAUAUAUAUUUUUCCCUUUUUUCUUUUUUCAAGAAGUGGGACUAUUCUGUUUUACUAUUACUCCUGAGUUCUUGAUGUUGUAAAAAUUUUGGCCCACCUCGGAAGGCUAUCUCUGUAUAAAGAGAUAUAAUUUCUCUGUAGGAUCCGUUAGUUCCACUGCAAGGCACCCAGAGGGGGCUCUUCUAUUUUAAGCCUGAUGCAGGCAGCAUGAUGAGAUACAUAUGAAGGCUGCUAUGGGCCUAAAUCCGUCUCUUCUCUAUAGUAGACCUGCUAGUAUGUGAAAACAUUUACAAAAAUGGCAUUACGAAUUCCAGUGGAGCAAGCCGAUCUUUCUUUUUCAAAGCUAUUUUAAAUUACAGUCAUUAGUUUUCACUAUUUGGUUUUAUUUACCUUGAGGCAGCACCCCAUGUUUGGACCCACUGAGUUUAAAUUGUUUCAGUUCCUAAGGUGUUUGCUGAGAGAGAGGCAGUCUCCAAGCAGGAGCACUCACCACAGCCUUGCUUCAUGAUUGGCUGCCAUAACCAUGCUCACUUUUCUGUCAGCAUCCACUCAACUGAUGUUUCUCAGAAAGUGCUGAUUUUACCUGUUUCCAAAUUGGAAAUGUGUAAACCAUUCCGUUCUGGCAAAUGGGAAACAUCCAUCUGCUUUGGGCACAGUGGGGAUGAGUCACAAAUCCUUGCAUUACUUCUCAACAAAGCGUUUAUUUGCCACUAUCAGAUUUUACCACUAUUAAAUUUUAAUUCAAGGGCAGAACUAAAAUGUGUGUGUGUGUGUGUGUGUGUGUGUGUGUGUGUGUGUGUGUGUACUCCAAGUCUGUAUGAGACAUAGAAAGAGAAUAAGGAAUGGCAAUAAGAAACUGAUACCCUGAUCCAACUUUAUUCAAUCUGAAGAAAAACUUUUUUGGAAGAAAAUCAAUGUUUAAUAAAUGGACAUUUUUCUAAAGAAAUAUUUUUUUAACUUUGCUAUAUGUUGGCAUCUUCUGGAUCCUUUAAAAAAAUAUAGUUGCCUGAGUACUACUCAUAGAGAUUUUAAUUCUAUAGGUCUAGGCUGUGGGCCAAGCAACAGUAUUUUUAGUGAACUCUUGAAGGAAUUUUAACAGCACAGCCAGGUGGAGAAUGGUAGUUAUAAGACUGGCAAUGGGAAAACAAUCAUUCUCUUAAAUACUAACAAAAAAGCAGUUUAUUGAGGUGAGGGGGGUUUUAUAAAUAGCCAACUGUGGUUCUUUAAAUAGGACGCACUGUUCUUAUUGUGCCAAAAUUGUCUUUUCAUUUCUUUUGAAAUAUGUAAGAUUUUAUACUUCUAUGUUGCCUUUCUUGGAAGGCGUCUGAAGCACUUUAUAAGCAUGAAGGCCCACCACACCUCAGUGAGGUAGGUAGAUAGUGCUUUUCUAUGCAGUAAACCCGGAGUGUGGGGCGAUUUCACAACUGAGUUAACCCUACUCAAUAAUGCAAUAAUGGGACUCCAAAGUGCCUUGGACUUCUACACCAUACUCAGACUUCUGGAAAGUUUUCUGUACCUCAUUCUUUAGUGACUGUCAAGGUUAAGAAAUAAAAGAAGUGACAUUUUUAAAAAGUUAAACUAAAUAUUUUUGUGUUGAAAGUUCCUUUGUGCCAACAUUAUAUUCAGGACAUCCUAUAACCUGAAAAAUUAGUUUAACUUUCAUGACAUCCCCACAUUCAUCAAUGUUGAUAAUUGUCCAAAUGCAUCUUCACUUUGUCUACUAAUGUCAUCCAGUGUGUGCAUUUUCCCUAGGGAAUGAAUUUUUCAUUACAAUAAAAUAUUUCUUUGGUUUGUUUUGCA